UUUGAGAGGAACGCGCCGAUGGUUGCCGAUGAUGGAAUAAAAUUUUGCACUCUUUAUUGAAUAUUUAUUUACAAUUAUAUUAAGAAUUGAUUGUGUAAUGUGCAAACAAACUGAUUUAAAUUGUACGCGGUAUUCCUGGACGUUGAAAGUUUAAGGUUCGUACUAAAAGCGACCAAAGCUCAACGCGCCCAUCGGGCCCAUAAAAGCCUUCCUGUCCCCGCGCCUCUAAAGCCCUCACGUGGCACAGUUGGGCGCUGGGCCAGGCUGUGCAACGCUAGACCGGUGAGUUCCCACACAAAAUAUUGCUUGGUAGCACGGCGGGCACUCAAAACCAACUAACCAUGUCUGUACAAAGUGUUGCUCUGGCAUCUCUCUACGCCACCUAUACCGACUCGGAGGGCGAGGACGGGGUGGAAGACGAGCGCCUGCAGGAGGAGAAUUCGAACACUCCCCAGGGGGCCGCCCCGCAUAAUGCCCAAGUCGGUCGUCAGCCCCAGGCCCGAUCUGGCACCAGUCCCAUAUCUGGAGGCCGUUCAGCCUCGCACAGUCCCGUCGUCGGCAAGUCUGCCGGUAGUAGCGACUUGCCGGGCGCGGCUACGAAGGUGCAACGAUUGGUCUCUUAUUUUGACGACACGGUAGUCUCCGAGGACGAUGAGGGGGCGGCUGUUGCUGCGUUGCCGCCGCCGUCGCCGUCGCCGCCGGUACCGGCACCGUCCUUAAUGACGGCGAGCGCGACAAUCGCUGCGACGGUCGCGGAAGGUCGCCCCGAGGAGAACGGUCUCCCGGUUGCAACCGCCACUGGUACUACUGUCGCCGCCACUGCCGUCACCGCCAUCGGCGGCGGCGGCGGCGGCGCUGAGCGUCGGUCGCCUUCCUCGCGUUCCGGAGAAUUGCUUUCAGAUAAUAACGGGGAGACCAAGGACCCUUACGGUGUGACGAUACCACCGGAACCCUCGGGUCAAUGUCCCGCCGAACUGCAGGACAAGAUUGCGAAACUAUAUCGGAAAAUGGAGAGUGAUGGGCUAGACAUGAACACAUUGAUCCAGCAGCGCAAGGAGUUCCGGAAUCCAUCCAUUUACGAGAAACUUAUUCAGUUUUGUAGCAUCAACGAGUUGGGCACCAACUAUCCGCCGGAUAGGUUUGAUCCGUUCAAAUGGAGCAAGGAUUCGUACUACGAGGAACUCGCCAAGGUGCAGAAAACAGAGAUGGACAAACUCGAGAAAGCGCGCAAAGAGAAAACGAAGAUUGAGAUCGUAUCCGGCACUGCAAAACGGCCAAACAGCUCCACCGGCAGUGGCGCCGAGGAAUCGCUAAGAACCGACGACGCUAAGAAACGAAAAAGUAAGUGGGACCAAGUGGCGUCCGGCGGUGUUGCUGCCGCCGCUGCUGUCGCAGCUGCUGCCGCUGCCGCCGCGACAGCCAAGCCCACAGUGCUCCUUGCACAACCUACUUUGACGACCCUCGCGUCGUCCGGCACCAAACCAACCAUUAUAUCGGCCUUUGGCUCGUUGCCGAAAAAGAGAUUAUAACAUAUCGUGUAAAUGUGUAUGCUGUGUAAAUAAUAUUCAUUAAAAGAGAAACAUCAUCCUCUUCUCGUUAUGAGGAAAGGAUCACGCGAUCCUGUACGCUUCUGAAGACUUAAAUCCUUGGGUGGUUGUCAAAUUCUUUUUUGGAACUGCAUUUUGGAAUUGGUAUCUAUAGAUGAAUUUUAAAUAACAUCAGUUAUCUACAGUUUAUCUAUAGAUCAGAUCUUACAAUUCUUUUAGUUUUGAAUUCUUAAAUUCAUGGAUUCUUAAAUUUCUGUAUUCUUGGAUUCACUUUUUGAAUUUUCAGGUUUUUAAUUUGUAAUGUAUUACAAAAACAUGGUAGCAAAAGAAAAUCGAGUCAAAUUAAUUCUCGGUAUUGUUAAAUUGUUAAACAAGAGUUUGACUCUUUUGAAACUGAGAACUUAGGAGAAAUAUUAAAAUGUAAACACGUGUAAUUAAAAGUUUAAAGAAUCCAAAAUUGUUAAGAAUAAUUAAAGAUUUCAGUAUCUAAAAAAGUUCAUAAAACUGAAAGAAAACUUAAAUAUCCUUGGAAUAUUAGAAAUUCAAAAAUGUAAAAAUCCAAGACUCGAUCAAGAAAAUCCAGCCAACUAGUGACCUAAAAGGAUUUAAGAAUCUACAGAUUUAUUUGAUGAAAAUCCAUUUGCAAAAUAAACAUACUGUAAAUAAUAUUGACUGUAAACAUUAUUUUCUGUUUGCAAUAAAAUUAAGUUUGUCAUAUAUCGAACUGAAUGAGAAAGAAAAUAUUCUGGAAAUUUAUAUUCUCGAAAAAGAAUUUUUUAACUUUUGUAUUUUUAAAUCCUUGUAAGUCGAGAUAUAUAUCUACUUAUAUCUAAAUUCUUGUAUUACGAGGAGUGUAUGAGAUUUAUCUUAGACUUGAGCAUUUACAAAAAUAAAGUUAUAGGAAUCAAAAAGUUAAAAAAAGGAGCAGUAGGUCUAAGAAAGGAAGUACACAAUUUGUGAAUCUAUAAAUUUGAGAAUUCAAAGAUCUAAAAACGUAGCUACUGAUAUAUUUAAGAACAAAAAACAACCGUAAAUUAAAGCGUAAAUAUAUUAUAAAUAAUACUCCAAUUAAAAAUAUGAUCCAUUAUACAGCAGAUAUAUACAGAGAAGAAGAAUUGGAGUUUUGUGAACUUAGAUCCUUUGAUUGUCAGAGCUCUUUAGAAAUUUCUCUUACGAUUAGUAUGUAGAGUAUUUGGAGAAAACAUAGAAUAAUUUUAAUGAGUCAAAAUCAUAAGAUGUUCAAGGAUCUAGAAAAUUAUGUAUGAAAAUUCACAGAUAUAAAAAUUAAAGGACUUAGAAAUGAUGUGAGUGCAAACAAAACUUAUAGAAUGCAAAUCCAAGAAUUUAGAUAUUAUUAAAAGAAAUAUAUUCGAAUAUUGCAAUAGGAUAAUAAUGAUUUUAGAAUUUUGAAACAUUAAUAAUUGUGUAUGUGUGAUGUGUGUGUGUGUGGAACAUACAAUAAUUUCAUGAAUAAUGACUGAAUGCAGUGUAAUUUAAAGAUUUGUGUGUGAAUAUUUAAACAUAUAUUAAUAUAUAUGUGUUAUUGAGUUUAAGAAUUCAAGGAUUUAAAAAUUUUUUUGAUUGGAAAUUUUUUUUCGAGUAAAUAUCCAGAAUUAAAACAGGUAAAAAUUUAAAAAUAAACGUGAGAAUCCAAAAGCAUAAAACUAAAAAUUGACAUGCUAACUUUAUAUAUCUAUAAGACAAAUUAAGUCACAAUUGCGUUUAGAGGUGUCAAUUUUGCCAACUUAACAUAAAUUCCAAAGAAAUUAUGUUAGAAACUUUUACGGUUGUUAAAUUUUGUUUAAAUUCCUUUCUGUGGAUUCUUGCUUCGUAGCAUUUUUAAAUUUUUGACUUUACAUCUACAAUUAUAUAACUAGUACCUAUUUUCUAUUACACAUGUAUUUAUAACAAACAAUGUGCAAACCAAACUUAAUCAAUAUUUCUCAAUUAAGAUAUGUAUAUUAGUUAAGAAAAAAGUAUUGAAAAAGAAAGGAAUUACAUUGUUAUUAUCUUUUUUAAUAAGAAAAAUUGAUGGAGCUACACUACUAACAAUUGCGUUUUUCUUUUCUUUUUCAAAAAGAGAAAAUAUAAUGUUUAAACAUUAUAUUAGAUUGAUCAAAAAAUUUAUUUUUUUUUACAUUACAUUAUAAUAAAAAAAAAGUAAAACAACUUUUCUGAUCAAUCUAAUGUGUGUAAUUGUUACUGAACGUAUAAAUUAUGAGUGUCAGGCAUCAGUUGCAGUCACAUUUAGAUAUAAUAUUUAUCAAGCAAAACCACAUUCUGACAGAAACACCUGUAAUUAAAUAUUAAAUCUCAGCAUGUCAGACAAAUGAGGGAUUCGCGUAUGUUAAUGACUGCAAAUCAAUGUAUAAAACAUAUGCUGCAAAUUAGUAAGGAUUCAUUUUUAUAUUUAAAAAAAAAAGUAACGAAAAAAGUCUUUCACAGAAAAGCUCCUUGUAUAUACACGCUCAUGUGUCAAUAGAGAGUAUGGAAUAUACAAUACAUAAAUCUGUAUUACAUUGUGUGUUCUUUUUCUCUUAUAUUGAUUAAUAGUUUAAUACAGGAUGUUUUUCUCAA